UCCUCCCGACGCCAGAGGGCGCUGCAGGAUAUCAAGAGGCGCUAAAUAAGCAACAGCGCGCGGAAAUCAAACAACAACGACAACAACGUAGACGGAGAAAGGAAUUGAAAUAUAAAAAUCAAACAAACAUGGAUUCUGAAAUGAAGAACACAAACGCGACAGAUGCAAGUGAUACAGAUGAAAGUGUCAGUUUUGACGAAGUUUCUAAUGUUGCUAAAUUGUGGAUAUUGGACUUUAUGUUUCUGGAUCUGUGUCGGCAAUUCAAGGAAAACAACUUUCAUCAAUUCAAAGAAAAGUGUUCGGCUUUCGCGGCCACUUCUUCUACACCGACUGGAAAUAUCUGUGUAGAGAAACUGACGAUAUGUGCCUUCCUUACAAGAGUCGUGCAUGGAGAUAAGUUGGAUGUUGAAUUUGAAGAGGAAGCAGGUGUGAUGCCUCUGAUGUCUGCUGCCAAAGUAUGGUCAAGCCUAGAGGACGCUGUGGAAGACGAGAUGUUCAAAAACAUCGCUCAACUGUUGCUUGUCCAGUCUGUGGCUGUUUGCUUGGUGCAGGGCCAAAGAUCUUCUGCCUCCUCUGCCCUCAAGUGGUUUAAGAAUAACAGUGACUUCUCACAGCCCAACUUGGUAGUUAAGCUGUCGACAAUAGUGACGAAGGGGGAAACCUACCACCCGUUCCUCACGAGCUUCAGCUUCAUGCGCCUGCUUGAGUCAACCAAAUCUUUCUUGGAUGCCUACUUGGAGUUGGAUCCCUGUGACUACCUCUUCAAGGAAGCCACAAAGGAGGCGCAGUUGUUAAAAAGGGAACGGUUGAAAUGUCGGGAGGAACCCGUCAAAUCAAAAGAGAACAGAAAGGAAAAUGAGAAGAAGGCGGUUGGUUUGAGAUGCAGCAGUUGUCACAUGGGUACUCCUCAUAUGCUACGCGAGUUUGACGGCAGCCUUAAAUACGAUUAG